UCAGUGGCACGUUCCAGGAUCAGAUCAGAAAGGGAGUUUGAGGUUUCUUUAUAUAGAUUCGCCUUUGUUACAGAAUCGAUUGUUCAAGAAGGAGCUCUUAUACGGUUUAUGCAUCGAAUGCAAGCUGCUAGAGAUAGAGAAUUGAGGGAUGACCCGUGA